AACAACAGCAGCAGCAACAACAACAACAGCAACAGCAACAGUUGCAGCAUCUGCAGCAACAACAGCAACAGCAACACAUAUUAAAUCAAGUUGUGCAAGCAUCGAAUAAUAUUGUGACAUUGUCAGACGGUAGAAAGAUCACUAUGGAGGAUUGGCAGCGCAUGCAAGAACAGCAGAUGGCAGCAGUCGCUGCGGCAGCCAAGCGGAAUGAGAGGUCAGAGGUCAUCACCUUGACUAGACAAAAUGCAGAUGUUGGGUCACCUAUGAUGGCUCCUUUAAUGGAACAGCACAGGGCAGCACAAGUGCAACGCCAAGAAUACGCUGGUCCGAGGAGAAGUUAUGGAAAGGCUCGGAUAAGAACGCAGAAUGCUUUGGUGACAAACAAUACAAUUCAAGCCAUUGCAUCACCAACUGUUGAUCACCAUCGUAAUCUCCUGCAGCAACAUGAUAAUGUGAUAUCUGUGGGGGAUCGGAUGGCCACUGUGCCCCCACAACAUACUCGAGAAGAACCCCUUCAAGAACAACGUCAGCAGACUGCAAGCAGUACUCAGAUAUUGAUUCUUCUGCCAGACGGCAACCAGCGGCUGGUGAACUUGAAUGUACCUCAAGGAACCUGUUCCCUAGAGGAAAUAUUUGAACAGGUUGCUCUACGCAUGGACGGAAAUGUGAUAAUAAACAGCUCGGAGACAGCAGGCGAGCUUUCUUUGGAACAGGCUGCAAUAGCUACAAUCAAAACUGAGGAAAUUCCAGCUGUGGGCCAGGUACUGCAGCAACCAGACACCAAGCCGCCAAGCGAAGACGUCCACCAAGAGAAUGCUGUGUCCUCCAGUGGUCUCCUUAUACAGUCGGCGCAGAGCAGUUUGUGUUUACUGAAAGCUGAAGAAACCAUAGUUACUAAAACAGAGGAACCCGCAGAUAUUAAACCCGUUAUUAAAGAUGAACCGAAGUUAGUGCCUGGGAAACUGGCAGUUUGUCAUUUCUGCGGAUACACAUCAUUAGAUUUCUUUCGCUGCCAGCGUUGUAGAAGGAGAUUACCAGAAAACUGCAAAUCAAUACCAGUUCAAGACGGGCUGAAGAAAAAACUUGUGAAAGAAGGCACCACACCUGAGAAAUUUUUCUCUAAGACGCCUGUAAAAGGUGAGAGUAGUGUGGAGGUGCCAAAAGGCAGAGUGAGAGGCCGUACAGGUAGAAGAACAAAGAGCAAACUGGUUGAGGAACCCGUUUGUUUGACUUUGUCUUCGGACGACGAAGAGAGUGCCCAGUCCGAUUUAGAUUCAGCAGUGACUGCUGAGAGGGCCCUGAAUAAUGGUCAGCGAUUAUCCACAGAUGACAUCCCGUAUACUUCCCCCGAUCCAGAGGUGACUUCAUCAGCUAGGGGUAAAGAGCCCAUUAUCCCCGAGGAAGACGACACGGGUUCAGAUACAGGAGAGAAUCAACAUACUCAAGGUGUCAGAGGUGGAGGAAGAGAGCUGGACAUGGACGGCAUCGUGGAUGGUUCAAUUCCUGGUUGUUUUACCCUAUUGCAGUGCCGGACAGUUAGAAUAGGGUCUUACAAAGUGGUUCCUAAGGAUCGUGUGCUACUUUCUUCUGUUGGCAUCAGAAUAGCGGUCCCAGCCAUUGAAGAUGAUUCAAAAUGCGUGACACUAUCAGUGGACAUCGGGGAAAUUGUAAAGGUCCUAAUCCACUUCGGGCGAGGAAUGCCUGUCUUGUUUCUGUACACUGUCCCCACAGCCGCAGCAAGAGUAAGGGCAGCUUUAAGUAUGGAAUCCAAGCUGGGCCCUUACUAUGACCCAACCAGUCCAGAUGAGACUCAGCGAAGAAUAACAUUGCUUCCAGAGAGGUUACAUGAAGACAGUAAAGUAGCAUUAAAGAAUAUUUUUGGCCCUUUGUCAAAUGUUUUGGAAGAACUCAGCAACAAGGAAGCGAAUGAUAUUCUGGUCAGGGCCUCACCUAAAGAGGUCCAGAAUAUGAUGAAAAAAGCAAUUGGUAUGUCUCCGUUGAAAUCCAAGGAUGAAAUUCAGACAAUCCUGGUUUAUCCACCGCCACCUUGCAAGGGAGGAAUUCCUAUAAAUACUGAAGACUACGCCUGCCUAGGUGAAGACCAAUUCCUUAAUGAUGUCAUUAUAGACUUUUAUUUAAAGUACCUGACCCUUUCAGUGCUGAGUGAAGAAGAUCAGUCUCGUACCCACGUUUUUAGUUCAUUUUUCUAUAAACGACUGACAACUCGCCCCGCAAAAUCACUCAGGAGAUCACAUCCUGUCGAAGAUGACCCGAAGUUAUCACCAGCAGAGAAAAGACACAGUAGAGUUAAGAGUUGGACAAAGAAUAUUAAUAUCUUUCAGAAGGACUUCAUUAUAAUACCCAUAAAUGAACACUGCCAUUGGUUCCUCGCAAUCAUAUGUUUCCCUGGCCUGAAAGGGAGUGUGCGGUUUUCUGAUGAUACACCCAUUGUUGUGCCACCUGUCACUAAAACCAAGAAGGUGGUUCAAAAAAAGAAUGCAGCGGCUGUUGAGGAGUGUGUGAAGGGCACCACACUGCAGAUUGGGUCCACCACAAUCACGCCUGUUAAGCCAACAGCGACAAUAACACUGGACACCUGCGGAGAAGAAGGUUCAGACAGGGAUGAAGCAGAAGCAGACGAUGACGAGAUGGAGCAGGGAACCAGCGAAGAAGAAGAUAAUGUGUCAGCCAGUCAGCCUGAAACUCCACCUGCUGAGAAACAUCAGUUGUUUUCUGACCCUGCCUUUGAGGAAAUACCCGCGACACCAGUGAAACCAGUCCCUGCACCGAGGGGGAGGGGGUCAAAGCCACCGCGAGAACCUAUCAAGCAGCCUUGCAUUCUGAUCUUUGACUCACUGGCAGGGGCGAGUAGGUCUCGUGUGGUGGCCACCUUGCGGGACUACUUGCGCAUUGAAUACAAAGUGAAAGAAGGAAAGGACAGAGAAUUCAAUAAAGAUACUAUAAAAGGCAGCACUCCCAGGGUGCCCCAGCAGACCAAUUUCACAGAUUGCGGGGUCUAUGUUUUGCAGUAUGUGGAAAGUUUCUUUCAGGAUCCCAUUAAGGAUUACUACUUGCCGAUGAAGAAUCUCGUCGAGUGGUUUUCGGAAGAUGUGGUGAGCAGGAAACGGGAAGAGAUACAGAAACUGUUGCUCAGACUCUUGGAGAGGAAUAAUGUGAAUAUCGAGAGUUUGAACUUGCCAAAAUUGUCUUUCUCUUGUGGCCAGACUGUAUCUGAGACACAGGAGGAUGGUAUGUGCGAUGUGGCUGCAGAUGUCAAUACUUCAUCCUUGGAAAUACAGUCACAAGAAGAAACAGUUGAAGGAGGCCUGGUUUUUACAUGUACAGAGGAAGAUGAUUAUGGAGAGGAGGAGUCUGACAUGGCAGCAGAAUCUAAUAAUGUUGGAAAUAGCAGUGGUCAUAGUUCACCAGAGACAAAUUUAAGCCCAGACAAAGUAGGUGGAGGUGGUAAAAGAAGUCUAGUGGACUAUCCAGCAAGUGAUGAGGGGGAGGAACAUGAUCAGGGACAAGGACAAAGCCCUAUGGAUGUGGAGAAUGCUACCACACCUGUGAGUUGUUCAGAUGAUGGGAAAAGAAACAACACAAUGUUGUUCCUUAAGACAAAAAGAAUUGAAAGACAUAGCACUCGGGGAAUAGACUCAACUCCAUUAAAGAAGAUGCGAACAAGAGGACAUACACAAUCCACUGACAGAUAAUUCGUGUUUGAAAUGUGAAUUCAAAAGACAUAACAGUGAAAUAAAGGCAGACUGAGGUGUGCUUAGCAUGAAAUUGUAUACAAUGCAGACUUACUGCAACUGAUUUCUUUCUAUUGACACAAAGUUUUGGGAAGAUGAUACUUGCUCUUAUCAGAAAUGUACACUGCAGAUAAUAUAGCAAGUAUCACAGAACUUUGUAUCAAUGGAAACAAAUUCGUUACAGUGAAGAGUCUGCAUUGUAUACAAUUUCAUGCUAACCAGAACUCAAAUUCCUUUGAGUUUGCCUCUUAGUGUUCAUUUUUAGAUGUACGUUUCAUGUUUCCAUCUUUCACCUUCCAAUUUUCCAAAUAUGGUGAAGGUGGGAAAGAAUAUUUGCAAGUUGCUUUGUUUUACUGUGGCUAUUUCUGAUUUUUAUGUUUAAUUUUGUUAUGACUUCUCCCCAUUUUCGUGAGUUGUAGGAAGUGCAUCGUAUUUACAAGUUGUAAAAAUUCAUGUAUGGAUGUUUACUAACCUAUACUGUAGUAAAUGCUGGACAAGUUUUUGUAA